AAACUCACAAGUCACAGCCACUAGCUCGUUAGAGAGAGUUUGUGUGUGUUUUGUGUGUCACCUCGGUGCAUACAAGAUGGAGGACCAAAAUGCUAGUGGUAAGUUGAGCAAGGGGCUUCGCAAGGUGAAGCCUUACCUUGCUAUAUUGUCCCUUCAAUUUGGCUACUCAGGGAUGUAUAUAAUCACUAUGGUUUCUUUCAAACAUGGCAUGAGCCAUUGGAUACUCUCAGUCUAUCGUCACGUGGUUGCCGCUGUUAUUAUAGUUCCUUUUGCCCUUGUCCUUGAAAGAAAAAUAAGGCCAAAGAUGACUCUUCCCAUCUUCCUCAGAAUAGUUGCGCUCGGUUUCCUUGAGCCAGUGCUAGAUCAGAACUUGUACAACAUGGGGAUGAAGAUGACCUCAACAACGUUUGCAUCCGCCACUGUUAAUGUCCUCCCAGCCAUUACUUUUAUAAUGGCACUCAUUUUCAGGUUAGAGACGGUCAACUUGAGAAAAUUUCACAGCCUAGCCAAGGUCAUUGGAACCGUUAUUACAGUUUCAGGAGCCAUGGUUAUGACUCUGUACAAGGGUCCUGCCUUCCAGAUCAUAAAGGGUGGAGGAGCAAUCAGCCACCAUAGCAACGCCAGUAGCAGCACCGAUUCCUCUGAGCAGCACUGGGCCGUCGGCACAGUAAUGCUCAUAUCAAGUUGUGCUAGUUGGGCUGGUUUCUUCAUUUUGCAAUCAUUCACUUUGAAGAAGUACCCAGCAGAGCUCUCGUUGACAGCUUGGAUUUGCGUGAUGGGUAUCAUCGAGGGUUCAAUCGCAUCCUUUAUAUUUGAAAGGGACAUGAGCUUGUGGGCCAUAGGCUGGGACUCGAGGCUUCUUGCUUGUGUUUAUUCUGGGGUGAUAUGCUCUGGAAUGGCAUACUAUGUACAAGGGGUGGUAACUAGAGAACGUGGACCAGUGUUUGUGACUUCUUUCAGCCCUUUAUGUAUGAUUAUCACCGCUGCAUUGGGUUCCCUUGUCUUAGCUGAGCAAGUUCAUUUGGGAAGUAUAUUUGGAGCAAUUCUCAUUGUGUGCGGACUUUACACCGUGGUGUGGGGCAAAAGCAAAGACCGUCAAAACACAACAGACAUAGGGAAAGGCGAAAGCCAAGAAUUGCCAAUAAAGGAUGGUACAAAGUCAGCAUCAGACAUUUUUGACGGCCUUGAGAUCAAUGUUUCUGCUGAGGUGUUGAAGAAAGGAGCAGGGAAAAAUGUUCCAUCAGUAACAAAAUCAUGAAGGUCCUUCAUGGAGGACUAGCAUUAUAAAUUUUCCUAAUAGCUUUGCUAGAUAGAGGUCAAGAAAGAUUUUGUGCAUGGUGAAAAUCUUUCCCAAUAGAUGCCUCGCUAGCUUCAUUUUCAAGUGCACCUUUCUUGUUUCCCUUUAACUUUUUUCCGUGUUUCUGAAAGUAUAAUGUGAAUCAAAUAAUAAUGAAAUAAUGCUUUUGACU